AUGAGAUCUGGUCAUAUAAUAAACCAUCAACAAAUACACACAACAUCAAGAGAGAUAGUAAUACUACAAUCAAGUAAUAACAACAAAUAUUCAAGUAGUACAACUACUAUAUUAAAUAGCACACAAUAUAGAUAUAUAUAUAUAUAUAAAUGGAAGAUAGUUAGUUUUAGUUCUACGACGCCAAUUGAACCAACACAUAAUUCUGAAGCACCAACAGAACCACCAAAUGACUAUACUAUAAGACUACCAUUUCUAUCGAAAAAUGUACCAGCGCUAUGGGCAAUGUUUGCCCUGGCCGGCUUGUUUGUAAUACUAGCCACUGUCAUGUCUGCACAUCUUAUUUAUAAACAUCUCAAAUACUACACGCAACCCGAUCAUCAAAGAUACAUAGUCCGUAUCGUUUUCAUGAUCCCAAUUUACGCUAUUUAUUCCCUACUAUCCCUUAUUUUACAUUCUUAUCAAACUUAUUUUGCUUUAUUUAGAGAUUGUUAUGAAGCCUAUGUAUUAUAUAUGUUUUUUGCUCUAAGUGUUAGUUAUGGUGGAGGUGAUAAGAAUCUUAUUACUCAUUUUAUAUCAUUACCACCUAUGAAAUUACCAAUGCCAUUAAAUUGUAUAAAAGUUAAACCAAACGAAACAUUUCUUCAAGUUUGUAGAAUGGGAAUGAUGCAAUAUGUAAUUUUAAGACCAGCAGUAACGUUGGCUAGUGCUAUUUUUGAGAUAUUUGGAUACUUUGAUGAAGGUAGUUUUGCUGUGAAUCGUUUCUAUCUCUACAAUUCACUACUCAUCAAUUUGUCAGUCACUGUCGCACUCUAUAUUAUCGUCGUCUUUUAUCAAGCAACCAUCGAAGAGUUGUCACCUUACAAGCCACUAUUAAAAUUCACAUCGAUUAAAAUUGUCGUAUUCUUUUGUUUCUGGCAAUCAAUUGUAAUCUCUGGUUUUGAAAACUUUGGUUGGAUUCCAACUCUUGAUGGUUGGGAUGUUGGUGAAGUUUCUGUUGGUUUAAAUAACUUUUUAAUUUGUUUUGAAAUGUUUGGAGUUGCAAUCUUACAUAUAUACGCAUUCCCAUAUGAAUUGUAUAGAGUUCGUGCUUUUAGUUCAGCACCACUUAUUCAUCGUGUUGAAAUGGGUACGGUAUUCAAAAGUGUCAUCAACUCGGUCAGUCAGCGUGAUAUGGUCAAGGAAACAGUACAUGCAUUCAAGGGUACAAAGAUUACAGAUGGUCAAAAAGAAUAUAAAGGUUUGGAGAAUGAUGAAUAUGCUCCUUUUCAAGUCGAUGAAAUUGAAAUGGGAGAUUUCACUUCUUAUCAAGAUGGGGGAGAUUUGGUUUUGGAAAUGGGAGAUAAAGAGCAUAAUGGUGCCUCUAGGGAUUAUAUUAAAGAUCCUGUUUCGACAAUUAUCAAAGGUGGUGGUGCUAUUCUCAAUGGUGCCGCUCCAAUGAUUAGCGAUGAAGAUUUCUUCUCACUUAUGAAUAACGAUUAUUCAAAUAUAGAUUUUACUGGUAUCGACCAAGACGCUUUAGAAGGUUUAGAUUUUGACGACGAUGAUGAGGAUAUGACAUUUACUGUCAAAGUUUUAACUGACUUUCUAACUUGUUUAGUGAUUCUUAAGAGACAUCAUUCAUCAUUAUUUAGAACGAUACUAGUAUCGAUGUUACCUAUAAUUGCAACAUCUGCAAUUUCAUUUGCAUUCCUUGUAUUUGCAUCAUGGUGUGUAGGUGAAGGAGGUGAAAUAUUGGGAAAGAAAUAUGAUGCAUCGAUUAUUGGAGGUUUAGUUAUAGCUUGGUUAAAUACAGCACCAGAGGCAAUAUUUUUUAUAACAGCAUUAUCAAGUGGUAAUGUUAGAUUUGCAGUUGGAGCAGUGAGCGGUAGUUCUAUAGUAGUUUGUACUAUAGCUUUGGGAGCAUGUUUGUGGAUAGGAGGAAGGAAUAGAAAGAGUGGAACCAUUCAGUUGCAACCACAAGUAAAGAAGCAAUGUUUAAUAUUGCUCAUGUCAUUGGUCAUUCCAUUUUCACUAUUGGUUACUGGAUUUCACUAUGUCUUUGGUUUGAUUGGUGUAGCAUACUAUUUGGCAUUUAUCGCAUACAGUUUGAUGCAUCGUCUACCAGAAGACGAAAAGAAGGAAGAAGAUUUAGAGUUGGCAGAGGGCGAUGGUGCCGACGAUGUUGAAGAAGAUGAACACGACGAACCACUCGCCAAGGGUGUAUUAUUAUUGUUUAUUGGUGGUACCAUUAUUUGUUUCUUUUCCAAACCUUUUAUCGACAGUAUCGUAUCUCUUGCCACAACUCUUAGUAUAAACCCAAUCAUGCUUGCCUUUUUCCUUGCACCAAUUGCAAGUGAAAUGCCAGAGAUUUUGGAAAGUGUUUCUCUCUCACGUAAAGGCAAUACUCAAAAUAUUAAUAUUGCUUAUUCAAAUCUAAUUGGUGGUACUAUAACUAAAACUUCUGUUCUUAUGGGUGUAUUAUAUUUUGUCUUUUACGGAUCAUCAAAAGGAUUUGAAUGGGAAUCACCAACUUAUUCAUUAUGUAUAACUUUAAUUAUUAUUUGUUCGGCGGCAGCUGGAGGAAUGGGAUAUUUCCUUCCCAAACUUAAUCAAAAUCAUGGACUCGCUCUAUUUGCUCUUUUCACAAUAACUGGUAUCAUUCAGUACUAUUACAACGUUAAUAUCACAGAUGAUGUGAUAACUUCGACCUCGAUAGAGGCAUUAUCAGUAGCCUCUUCUUUAAUUCAAGAUACAACAAAUUCUAUUCUAUCAUAA